GAGCGAUUUCGCACACUGCCGCCGGAGGAGCUUCAUCGAAGCAUACUUUCCUCCUGGCCACGACAUGCUAAUGAGGCUGCCACACUGUCAGCCAUCGGCUUACAUUCCCCUUUACACCAUUCCGUGCCACUGCCACUGCCCCUGCCCCACGGAUAUCUGGUCGUAAUCGUAAUCGCAAUCGACAGCAGUCAGAGCCUCUUAGCGGCAAUGUAACAGGUUGCGCGAACGGGUUAUGCUUUGAAGUGGGCGGAUUUUUUUUGGCGGUGAUUACACUGAAAACUAUGGUCGAAGAAGCUGUGUGCAUCAAUUCUCAACUGAGAGCAAGUCCCAUUUGGCUAACUCUUCUCAAUAUCUUAAAAAUGUCUUACAAAUACAUUCUAAAAUAUAGCUAUAGAUAGGAAUAUUUACUAAGAAAUACAAUACCCCAACUACCAAAAUAACAGUGCAUCGCUUUUCCAUCGAGAUCGGGAGUGGAGCUAGAAAUAGAGUUUGAAUUUUUAGGGUAAACCGUACCUGAAACAUGGGUGGUCAAAGGAUUUGCAGUUGGCACGCCCGAGGGCCAUGCUAUGCCACUGCAAUGCUAGACUGCAGAAGAGGCCAUUGAACUGCAUUAGCUAGCUUCCGUUUUAGUGGUAUAAAUACCAGUUGCAGCCCAGAGCAUCCACUGCAUAUCCAAGAUGUUUAGCCAGCACAACGGUGCAGCAGCACAUGGCCUUCGGCUGCAGUCGCUGCUUAUCGCAGCCAUGCUCACCGCCGCAAUGGCAAUGGCCACGCCGACUGGCAGUGGUCACCAGUUGCUGCCCCCCGGGAACCACAAGCUCUGCGGGCCCGCACUGUCCGAUGCCAUGGAUGUGGUGUGUCCCCAUGGCUUUAAUACGCUGCCAAGGAAACGUGAAAGCCUGCUGCUGGCCAACAGCGACGACGACGAGGACGCGAAGCAGGAGGAGGAGGAUGAUAGCAGCAUGUGGCAGACGCUGGACGGGGCAGGAUACUCCUUCAGUCCACUGCUAACCAAUCUGUACGGAUCCGAGGUCCUGAUCAAGACGCGUCGUCGCUACAGGAGACACCUGACCGGUGGCGUCUACGACGAGUGCUGCGUCAAGACCUGCAGCUACUUGGAGUUAGCCAUCUACUGUCUACCGAAAUAGGACACGUGGCCAACACUCACUCAUUACCCAGCAUGCAUACACAUACAUACGUACACUUAAACAUGGCAUUCCCACAUACAUCCUAUAUGUACACCCGUUCCCCCAACAGCAUUCGUAAUCCAAUUCGUAAUCACUUAUUUAUGCAGCACCAAC